AUGAAGCUACUUUACAUCAUUUCUGCCCUCGCAGCAUCUAGCAGCAUUAGCGCAAUUCCAACCACUAGAGUUCUUAUCAUUGACGAUGACCAAAUGGUUAUCUCCGAAGUAGAAAGUAAGGCAGCCUGCAAGACGGUUGGAAAGUCUUGUAACGUCUUCAAUGAGUUCUGCUGCGAAGGCUUGUUCUGCGUUUUAUGGGGCAUUGGUAUUGCCGGGAAUUGCGUCAAGAUUAAUCCCUGA